GGAAAUAGUAUAUAAAUACUGCAACGUGUUUGUUUGAAUUCGAUAAAAAUUUCAUUAUACUCUAAAUGUCAGCCGCUGUCACGCACCAUGAAAACUGACAUAGAGUCUUCCGACGAAAUUACAUUGGUUGACUGCGAGAUUAGGGCGACGCGACUUCCUUAGCCAAAUCAUGACUCAAGAGUUAAAACUCACACUUCUAUGAGGCUUUAAGCUCUUAAGAGUGAUGAUGAAGCAAAAUUUUGACGCCAUGCUGAAGUUUUGUACCUCGUCUACAAUUUUUGGAGCAUUGUUUGCAGCUCAUAUUUUCCAAGGCGCCCUCGGAUCAGGGGUAAAAAUAGACGGAGACGUCAUACUCGGUGGACUAUUCCCGGUGCAUGAAAAAGGCGAGACAACUUCGUGUUCAUCUACAAUUUACAACCGAGGAAUACAAAGACUCGAGGCAAUGUUAUACGCGGUGGAUCUCAUAAACAAAGAUACCACGUUGUUGCCAUACGUCUCUCUUGGAGUUAAUAUUCUAGACACCUGCUCCAAAGACACGUACGCCUUGAACCAAUCUUUGGAAUUCAUUCGAGGGUCCUUAGACGCUAUGGACGUUUCCGGAUUGGAAUGCUCUGACAAGAAGCCUCCAAGGGUAAAGUACCACGCUAAGCCCGUCAAAGGAGUCAUUGGAGGCAGUUACAGCUCCGUCAGCCAACAGGUGGCCAAUCUCUUCCGCCUCUUCAGGAUCCCGCAGAUUAGCCCUGCCUCGACAGCGAAGGCCCUCUCUGACAAAGACAGGUUCGAAUUUUUCGCCAGAACGGUGCCUCCUGAUACCUUCCAAGUACGGGCUUUGGUAGACAUCCUCCAAGUUUUCAACUGGUCUUACGUUUCAGCAAUUUACUCUGAAGGGUCUUACGGAGAGUCCGGAUUUGAUGAAUUCCACAAACUCUCGCAGAUUAGGAACAUCUGCAUCGCGCUGGCUACGAAGAUCCCUCACAAUGCUAACCACAAUUUCUUGGACAGCGCCCUCAGAAGCCAUAUGAAGAAGACCACCGCAACCGCCAUGGUUCUUUUUACCAGAAUGGAUGAUACCAAGAAGGUGCUCGAGGCCGCGGGGCGUCUCGGGGCGGCGCGGCACUUCCAUUGGGUUGGGUCCGACGGCUGGGGGAAGCAGCGCCAUCUGGUGGAGGGCCUUGAAGACGUCGCAGAAGGAGCCAUCACCAUAGAGCUCACCAGCAAGCCGGUGGAGGGCUUCAAUCAGCACAUGAAGUCUCUGACUCCGGAGGGUAACGUGCGCAACCCUUGGUUCGUUGAGUACUGGGAGACUUUCUUCGGCUGUCACCUCAACACGCGUCCCACCGAAGACCUAGCUUGUGACCCCGACUUCCGGCUCUCUGUUCAGGAAGGCUUCCAGCAGGACUCCAAGGUGCAGUUCGUGGUGGACGGAGUGUUUGCCUUUGCUCACGCGCUCCAGGCGCUGCAUGACAGCGUCUGUCGUGGGCAGACAGGAAUGUGCGAACAGAUGAGGCGAUACGAUGGAGGAGAUUUCUACCGCGAGUAUCUUCUGAAGGUCAACUUCACUAACAUCGUGGGAUCGCAGGUCAAGUUUGACGAGCGAGGCGAUGGCCCCUCGCGUUACACCAUCUACAACUUCAGGAAAAUAUCACACAGAACAUACAACUAUACAGUUGUCGGCCUCUGGGACAGUCACCUGGACUUGGACCCCAUGAAAGUUGUAUUCUCUGAGAAUUCCUCUGAAGCACCGAGCUCCGUUUGCUCCCACCCAUGCAAAGUUGGGGAGAUCAAGAUCAUGCAGCAGGGCGAUACCUGCUGUUGGAUUUGUACGGCUUGCAAGCCCUACGAGAUGAUGGUGAACCAAUCAGCAUGUAAGGACUGCGGCCCAGGCUGGUGGCCCCACGACAACAUGAGCUCUUGUUACAAGCUCCCCCACCGCUACAUGAAGUGGGACACGCUCUUCGCUCUCGUGCCCAUGGCCAUAUCGUGCGUUGGCUCUUUCUUCACUCUGACAGUGAUUGGCAUUUUUUUAAAGUACCAUGACACUCCAGUGGUGAAGGCAUCGGGACGGGAAUUAUCCUACAUGCUCCUGUGUGGUAUCCUCAUAUGUUAUCUCAACACCUUCCUUCUCAUCGCAACUCCAGGAGUGAUAAUCUGCGCGUGUCAGAGAUUCGGCGUCGGGUUCGGAUUCUCCCUCAUUUACUCGGCAUUGUUGACGAAGACAAAUCGAAUAUCGAGAAUAUUUGACUCGGCUUCACGAUCAGCGCGGCGUCCUGGCUUCAUCAGCCCCAAGAGUCAAGUGAUCAUCACAUGCUUCCUCGUGUCCAUUCAGGUUGCGGCCACCAUAGUUUGGUUAAUUUUGGAAGAGCCUGGAGCAAGAUUCGAGUACCCAAGCCGCAGAGAAGUAAUUUUAAAAUGCCGUAUAAAAGAUUCCUCAUUCAUGGUUUCCCUGGUCUACAACAUGGUGCUUAUCACCACUUGCACUAUUUAUGCGAUCAAAACUAGAAAAAUUCCAGAAAAUUUCAAUGAGAGCAAAUUCAUCGGGUUCACGAUGUAUACAACAUGCAUCAUAUGGCUCGCUUUCGUGCCAAUUUACUUUGGAACAGGCAACACCUUUGAGGUGCAGAUCACGACUUUGUGCAUCUCGAUCUCGCUGUCGGCGACCGUGGCUCUCAUCUGCCUUUACUCGCCAAAAAUUUACAUAAUCAUAUACCAACCUGAGAAAAACGUUCGCAAACUAACCAUGAACAGCGCAAUCUACAAGAAGUCACAAACUCAUUCUACUGGUGCGUCAUUUGACCAAGGUUCUGACAGCGUACGCUUUCAAGCGGCCGUGCCGAGCACACCUUCGAAGACUCGCUCGGAAGGAACAGCAGAAAACGAAUCGUUUUUAUGAGAAAAGUCGCCAUUUAG